AUGAAAAAUUUUAAAAAAAAAACAGAAAUUUUUUAUGCAUUUGACGACGACUUGGACGAAAACGAUGAAAUUCCCAAUCAAGAAAACAUGGAUGAAUUUGAUGAAGAUAUUGAACUUAUGCGAGAUAGUAUCAUUUCUAUUGAAAGUUCAUCGUGGAAUAUCAUCACAGAUGAUGAAAGAGCUAUACUAAGCGGACUUUUAGAGUUAGGAUGCAUUAAUGAAACAAUGCUACCCAGUGGUCGACCACUUCUGAUUAAAAUUUUUUGGAUAACUAGGGCUCAGAAUGUUACUCAACUUCUCGGCUUUGAAGUCUUGCGAGAAACUUAA